GACGUUGAGCGCAGCGUAUAAUUCGAAGUUCGUGGAACAGUUAACGGAAACUCAUGGCUUACCCAUCUGAUAAUCAACUAUUGACCAGGAUAGAGAAGAUAUUACAUGGAGCUGAUCUGACUCAGGUAACAUCGAAAAAGGUUAGGUCUGCGCUUGAAGCUCAUUUCAACAUUGAUUUGUCUGCUGAAAAGUCGAAGUUAGAAGCUAUGAUAAUGUCUACAUUGGAAAAACUACAGUCUUUAAAGACCCAAAGCAAAAACGGUUCCAAACGUAGUAGCAGUCCUGAGGUGGACGAAUCAACGGACUCCGAUGCAAGUUCCCAAAGCGAACCUGUUGAACCAAAAAGGAAGAGGAAAAAAAAGUCAUCAGAUGACGAGGACUAUGCUCGAACGUUGCAUGCAGAGGCUAAUGGUAUGAGACGAAGAAGCAUUCCCAAUACCAAACCAAGAUCUCAAAAGCAAACCAGUGGUAAAGCAACAGGUUUUACACGUCCCCUGACUUUAUCUGAUGAACUGGCUGAGUAUAUUGGUGAGAAAGAGCUUACUCGUUCCGAUUUGGUGAAGAGGUUCUGGGCAAUCGCUAAGGAACAGAAUUUAUUCGAUCCAAAUAAUAAGCAGUAUGUUGUUUGCAAUGAUGACUGGCAAAGGUUAUUCAAUCAAAAGCGUUUUCGCAUGUUUGGGAUUGCGAAGCAUUUAAAACGACAUAUAAUCGAAUAGUUUUAUAACUUUUGUCAUGAUGACAGUUGUUAUGUAUUUUACAUUGUGUAAAUCUGUGCAUAUGCUGAUAUUUUUUAGGCUUAUCCUGAAUAAAUUUUCCUUUCAAUAAUUUACGUUUGUGACCAA